GCGAGAACGACACACGAGAUAAAUCUAGCAGUGAUGGCUACGCCGCCCGAUGCGGAGAGUUUGGAGUCUCGAAUCAACAGAGCCACAAACCCACUCAACAGAGACACAGACUGGAACAGUAUCCAUGCCUUCUGUGACCAGCUCAACAAUGAUUUGGAGGGACCUCAGCUGGCCACCAGGCUCCUGGCCCACAAGAUCCAGUCUCCACAGGAGUGGGAGGCCAUGCAGGCCCUGUUGGUUCUGGAGACAUGUAUGAAAAACUGCGGGAAAAGGUUUCACAGUGAAGUGGGCAAGUUCCGUUUUCUCAAUGAACUCAUCAAAGUAGUUUCUCCAAAGUACCUGGGCUCGCGGUCACCAGAGCCAGUCAAAAAGAAGGUUUUGGAGUUGAUCUAUAGCUGGACUUUGGGGUUACCUGAUGAGGCCAAGAUCUCAGAUGCCUAUCAGAUGCUGAAGAAACAAGGUAUUAUCAAACAAGACCCAGAGCUUCCACCUGACAAAUUACUGAACCUCCCUCCACCCAGACCCAAGAACACCAUUUUUGAGGAUGAGGAAAAGUCAAAAAUGCUGUCUCGCCUGUUGAAUAGCUCACACCCUGAGGACCUCAAAGCCGCCAACAAGCUCAUCAAAGAAAUGGUCCAAGAGGAUCAGAAGCGAGCAGAGAAGGUGUCGAAGCGGGUGAACGCCAUUCAGGAGGUGAAGGAGAGCGUCACUCUGCUGAGCCAGCUUCUGCAGGACUACGACAGCACCGCUAGCAAUCAGAGCAACGCUGAACUCCUGCAGGACCUGUACCAGCGCUGUGAGAAAAUGAGACCUACACUGUUCAGACUGGCAAGUGAUACAGAGGACAACGAUGAGGCUCUCGCGGAGAUCCUGCAGGCCAACGACAGCCUGACUCACGUCAUCAACCUGUACAAACAGCAGGUGAAGGGGGAGAUAGUGAACGGCAACAACACAUUAAACACACACAAACAAACAGGAGGGACGGCACUGCUUGAUCUGUCAGGACUGGACACAUCCCCACAGUCGCCUCCGUCCUUCCCAGAGUUUCCCACACCGACAGACAGCCUCAACGCCCCCUCGCAAGAGAUGGGAAUUAGUCUCCUCGACGAUGAGCUCAUGUCACUUGGUUUAAGUGAAGGAACACACACCUCCAACCCUCCGUCACAGCCUGAGGACUCCACAGCCUGGGACUCCUUCCAGUCCUCUGACAGUAUAGAUGCAGACAUCCCAGCAGCACCCAGUCUCCUCCUGAGUCCAGACACCCUCUCCCAUUCUCAGCCCCUUUCGUCUGGUUCCACCCCUGGGAACUCGGCCCUGGACGAGCUGGACUUCCUGGGAAAGACACUGAUGCAGCAGUCCCUGCCUCCAGAGGGCCUGCAGGUCAAAUGGGACAAGCAGCAGUCCAAACCAACUCUUAGAGAUCUCCAGAGCAAGUCUGGGUCCAGCGUUACCCCAGUCCCCAUACCAACCUUCGCCACUGAACACCCUGCACCUCUCCUCAACUCUCAGCCCAGCCUCGGCGCGACGUUGCUGGAUAUGUCCCCAACUCGCAUUGAGACUCCUUCUGCAGAAGUCACCCUGACUGAUGUUUUUGUACCGCUAGAAUCCAUUAAGCCCAGUAGUCUGUUACCUGUGACUGUGUUUGACGGACACAGUCUGCGGGUUCUCUUUCACUUUGCUCGCGACUCGCCUCCAUCUCGUCCCGAUGUGCUGGUGGUCAUCAUCUCGAUGCUGUCAUCCGCUCCUGUCCCCGUCACCAACAUAAACUUCCAGACUACGGCUCCAAAGUCUAUGGCAGUGAAGCUGCAGCCUCCAUCAGGAACAGAGCUCCCAGCUUUCAACCCCAUCCUUCCUCCUGCUGCUGUCACACAGAUCCUGCUGCUGGCAAACCCAAACAAGGAGAAAGUACAGCUGCAGUACAGUUUAACCUUCACCAUGGGCGAGCAGGAGCACAGUGAGAGCGGCAGUCUAGAACAGUUUCCUCCUCCAGACACGUGGGGGAAACUAUAGCAUUUAAACAAAACCCCAAACUGACAGACUCUGCUUUCAGACUGCGCUCCCUUCCUAAACCAACUCGACACUCUCUCUGCAUAAACCUGUUUUCCUUUUUGUAAUCACAUUUUACUUUCUUUGAUUGGUAUUGAUUGUUUUACUUGGAUUAUGCUCAUGCUCAGUCAGUGUAAUGCUUUGCUUUAACUGAGUCAUGUGUUUAGGUCUAGUCUGCUGUAUGUGGCUGCUUUAAAACAAACCCGCAACUGUUUCUCACAAAGUUUUUAACCAACACUGCUAUGAAGGAAGAAAACUACAUCAAAUAUGUGCAUAUUUGCUCAUUUGGGGUGCUUGAUUUUGGUUUUCCCCUAGGACACAAAGACAGUUUAAAUCCAUUAUCUGUUGCGUUUACCUUCACCUCUGCAUGCUCUGACAACAUUUGACACAAUGCUUGCAAAAUCCAGCCAAUCAAUAGAGAAAGGCCAUAAGCAUUAAGUAGACUCAUCUUAGUUUGCAAAGCAAAGCUAUACUUAAUCAACUUUUGUGGUGUCUAUUUUGUGAUGAGCAAAUAACACUUAUUAUUUCUUUUCCACUUUUUGAUUUGCACAGAGAAUUCUUUUUUUGAUAGUACUGUUUUCCUGUCUUUGGCCCAUCUUGUGGAAAGAACAUUUACUGUAACAUCAGAGUUGUGUAUUAUCUGCCAUAUGUGCCUAUUUUGCAGUUCUAACGUUUAAAUUUUAGUGAGUUUGGAUGAAUUUGUUUUUCACAUCUGUUACACAUCAGUCAUUGUCUGCAGUUGUCUGAGAUCCAGAUCAGCUACAUUAUAACCUUAAAUUCUUAAUAUAUUCAUAGCAUUUUCAAUAGGGUUUAAGUUAAGUUUUUACAAAUAUUUUCUUUAACGUGUGAUUUAAGUUUAUAUUUCAGGCGCUCGGAGCAGUGUCUGUCUCAAACAUGUUCAGCUUGUUUCUAGUCUUCAGACAAUGCAUGUCAGCCACGCUCAAUACUUCCCCCUGCCCACAAGCCUUUCACAUUCCACUGCACUAAUCUCCAAUAUGAUUGCUUUGUAAAUACCAAUGAUGGCAGUUCUGUUAUGAACAUUUCACUUGUGCAAUGUGCAAGAGCAUAACACUGGUAAAAUAUUCCAAAUGGGUAAUAAAGUUUUUUUUUCUUCUUGGUGACCAUAAGG